CCUACACCUAAGAGACCUGUUUCUAUGGACACCUAAAACCACAGUGAAACCAGCCUUUUGAUGUAGAAAAUUUUAUCUGCAAUUGUUGCACUUAUUUUAAUAUUCAAAAUAGCAUACCUACUCCAUUUUUGCCGACAAUUGGACUUGGCGGAAGGGCUUGCCCGUCUCCUACCGGGUGGCCCCCAAAACUCCAGCAACUCCAAUACCUUUACGUCACAUAUGCUGAGCUUACUUAUGAUGGCGAUAAUCCCUCACGUCACGCUUCAUGUGGAGAGCAGCAGCGACAGCAACAGCGACUCCGACGUAGAAGGCGACGUUGAGGGGAUUCCCCAUCUUCCAGGCGAGCCUUCUUUCCUGCAAAUUCUCCAAGCGCAGGUGGACAGAACCAGCCUUAUAGAUAGUCUGUUGCAACCUGGGCUGAUGCUCGCAUAGUAUGAGCUUCGCGACAGCAGGAGCGGAUACAAGGAUAUCAUUAUUCGCUCUUAUCAGAACGUGGUCCCUAAGGUCAAGUAUGGGCGCAACGUAGCGGGGCAGGUGUGCCCUUGCGUACAUUACAGUUGGUGGCUCUUACAGAGCACUGCUGCGGCAAAUGCAGCGAAGAAUGAAAACAGUACGCCGCUGAGGUAGCAGGCCAACAUCUGUGUGCGCCUGCAUCAUCGUGUUCCUGGUGCCUUCCGGAACCAAUCGGAGAUAGCCUGCGGUUGUGGCUUUCAGCAGGUUGGGCCGAACACGACAGGCUUCCCCAUCGCGUUAGCUUCAUAGAUGGCUCAUUCCCAUCAAGCGCUUCGACCAUGCUGGCGAGGUGUACUACAACCACAAAGGUUUUAAUUCAGUGCUAAUCAUUGUAAAGUCGACCACAAUGGGAGGUUCAUCGGCGCCUUGGUUGGCUGCAGCGCACGCAACCAUGAAGCCGCUUAGCUGUUGGCGACCUCCGACAAGCGUCUUGGGGCGUACCUAUCGGGGUAACACACGCCGCUUCACCUUUACACCGCCUCGUCAUCACUCUGCUCUGCGCCUGCCGCUCUUCAGCUCCCCGUCUACCGGCCACCUUCAGUUGAUCCCAGCAGCACCUUCAGUUGAUCCCAGCAGCACUGGCUCCCUGAAAUAAGGCCGCUUCAAGCCCUUAAGAGCUCAACUGCUUGCGCUCUGUGACCCAUGGGCCUGCAGCCUUGACACUGGCUUCGAAGCACCUGGCCCGGCUGGCGGAUGGAGGAGGCCUUGGGACGAUGAAGACCGGUCGUGGGUGCAACAGCUGCGGAAUAACCAGAAGCUUCCACGUGGGCCCCACGCUUCGAGCUUGGGAUGGGCGGCUGGGCGCCGAACUCUUUUCAGUUCUACCCAGCCGAGGAGCUGCACCGCCGGCGGGAGGCGCUACCAGGCAGGGCUGCUCUACUGGAGCUGCGGGCAGGCAACAAGCUACCGGUCUUCCUCCGGACUUCCUCCGGUCUUUUCCGACCUACAACUGACGUGCUGGCUGCGAAUGGCCUUCCCGCCCGAGAUCCCGCAGUCGCUGCCCCCACCCCCCUCCACGCGCCGGCCCCCACCGCCUCCACGCCCCCACCGACGUCCCCGCCGCUGCACCGUCAGCACCGCCGCCGACGCCAACCCACUGCCGGCACCCGCGCAGCCCACUGCCGGCACCCGCGCAGCCCACUGCCGGCACCCGCGCAGCCCACUGCCGGCACCCGCGCAGCCCACUGCAUCCUCUUGAUGACGACG